UUUCAUCAUCUUAUAUAUACAUAUAACUAAAUGACUUCUUUUAUUAGUUCCCCGUUCAUUUAUCCUCGCAACGAUUUGGUGUCUACGUAAUAUCAAAAUUUUACCGAUGUCGUGUUUAUUAGUUAUUGAUUUUGCUCUAGAUAAUCUCUAUUUUUCGUUUAACUCUAUGGUCUUAACAUCAUAAUAUUUCUGUAUACUCUAUACAUUCCAUACCUAGUUAUUAUAAUGUCUAAUGAGGAAUUAGAUUUACUAACAGAUUUCAACCAAAUAUGUUGGGAUGUUGAAAUAUUAGCCAUAAAAAACUUGCAUACUGUUGAAUUACCACUGUGUGGUUUUCUCACUAGUUUAUCGGCAAAGGAUUGUGUUAUAUUAUUGAAACAUAUGUUACAUAAUUCAAAAAGCAUAAAUCCACCUUCUAUGGAAACAAUACUUCUCAAUUAUUUUAUAACAGAUUAUAUAAGCUGUGGAUUUUCUUCUCAGACUUUUCAUACAAUAUUUCACAAAAAUCUUCAAACUGAUGAUGCUAAAACAUUACUUAUAAAACUUUUAAUACGAGUUUGGAAUUAUGUAUUCGAACAUUAUGAAAUAACCAGUCUGAAUGUUGAGUUUGUUAAAGAUUUUGUUGUCAGUUUGGAACGAGUGUUCAUUAAAAUUACAAAUUUAGUUCCUGAGUGUCUUAUACUAUUUCAAAAGAUUAAUGUUAUAGAUAAAAUAAAAAAACGCAUUGCAAAAUAUGAAAGAAAGAGUACGAUAACAAAAUUUAAAGGUGUUGAAAAUGAAGUUAAUAUUAAAUUAAAUACACCAAUAAUUAAACUUUAUAUCGAAAAUCAAGUACCACAGACCGAGGAAAAAAAUCAAAUGGAAAAUAUGAAAUGUUUAUCUAUAAAUAAUGAACAACAAAAAAGGAAAGUUGAACCAUUUUCUAACCAACACAAUUUAUUAAAGAAACCAAAGUUAAUAUAUAAUAAUGAUUUGAAAAAUGUAUUAAAUCACAGUACCAAAUCAGAUCCUAAUAAAAUCUCAAUAAAACCAGCUGAUCAAAAGUUAAAUAUAUUUCAAAUUAUGAUGCUCAAUGCCAAAAAGCAAAAAAAUAUCAUAAAAUAGAUAUUUUUUAU